UAGUAGAUAAAUAAAAUUAACGUUUGCAACCCGGAGCGUUGUCUCGCUGUCUGUCGGGUGGAAGCUAGUUGAGCGCUGUCAUUGUGUGUUGCGUCAGUGUGAGCGGGCGUUGUGUUGUGACGCGUCGCGAGGGGGAUGUGGCCCUGGUGACCUGAGGCUCGGUAGUGUUGUGCCCUUGCCGCUGCUCAUUCAUGGUACUGCCUGCACAAUGCGUUGGCGCGCGCGCGCGGCUCCUUCCCGCGCUAAGGAGCGCGCCAACAUCAGCUUUUUUAUCUUCAUCAUGUUCUUCGCUGUCUUCGGUGUGAUUAUCCUCACUGAACUGCUUCUUCUGGAACGUCCCAGUGCGACCGGCUCGACACGUUCCAAAUACAAUGACGAAUUACCGAAUUGGGAAGGCAGAACAGAGACAGGAGGGGAUGGUGGCGACCUACCGCCGCCGGCGCAAGCACCGCUCGAUGCUGUGUGGCAGCCAGUGGCCAGCACUAGGUUUAGAUUCUACGUGUAUUCAGCGUACGUAGAGAGACGAACGCUGGCUGCUGUGCGAGUGAUUGCGGCUACGCGAACUCGAGGUGCCGAUUCGGUUAUCUGCCGUAUGUGGUUGCCGGACAACAGAACACUCACUUUGAAGGCCAGAGUUAAGCCUAUCCGAGAGAAUUGGAACUUGAAGUACAGUGCGACGUAUGUGCUGUGUCUGCUGCGCGAGACGGGCGUGAAGCCUCAGGAGACGGUCGGCGCGUCGUUGUCCGUACUGGCCAGCACGGCGCAGCACCGCCCGCCCACCAACCAGCUCAUUGUACUCGACACCAAUCCCAGGAAGGGUAACGAGGAAACUCUACACGUGUGCGUGAAGCCGUUUCACUUCUCGUACGCGCGCUCUGACUGGCUGCUGGAGUGGUUUGAGCUGAACCGUCUGCUGGGCGUCAGCCACUUCUAUAUGUACAACGAGUCCCUAAGCGCGCCAGUCACCUGCCUCAUAGAGCACUAUCGCAAGCAGGGUCUGGUCACGCUGCUGCCAUGGAAGCUGCCCAUUGUAUCCAAAGUUGAAAUAAGGACGGAGGGUCAGUUCGCGGCCUUUAACGAUUGCUUGUACCGGUCAAUGUCUGCUGCGGGCUGGCUGCUAGUCAUCGAUGUGGACGAGGUGGUGUUGCCGCGGCGCGAGCGCACGUUGUCCGCGCUGCUUACCGCCCUGCGCGCCGCAUACAACCCCCCAUCCAAGGCGCCCUCCGCCUUCCUGUUUAGAAACGCCUUCUUCUACUUGGGUUGGGAGGACGACGCCGAAGCUCCGGCGCCUUUGUUGACGUCACGGAAGACGCGUCGGUGGGCGGCGCCGCACGCGGUCAAGAACCGCAGCAAGUACGCACUGCGGCCGCGCGACGCCGUUGAGCUCGGCAACCACUUCGUAUGGGAGCUCGCGCCCGGCGCCAGCUCCGUCGGGGUGCCGACUGACCGAGCCUUGCUGCAUCAUUAUCGGAUGGCAUGCGAGUACGGUGGUCAGCAAUGCCUGACGGUGCCUUCGACAGUGGACCGCACCGCACACCGUUGGGCGGACGACCUCCUCAAGCGUGUCAACGCUGAAAAGGAUACAUAUUUAAAAACGUGUCCCACGUAAACCGUUUGUCGACGCAUUUCCCUGAUUGUACAAAUUUACAAGUACAUUUACAAAUGGUCCCAUUAUAUCAUAGCUAUUAAAAUACGACUGUAGAAAUUGAAUAUUAUUGCGUUAAUUGUUACCAGAGAAAUUUCAUAAAAUAGUUACUAAUUAAAUUGAUUUUUUUUCGAUUUUUUUCGAAAAAUGAACAUGUUUUUCGAAUCUUGCAAGCUUUUUUGGUAGCGUCCUGUCGUGACAAUAUUGAAUAUCUAUAGUCGUAAGUAAUUAUAAGUAUUAAACCUGCAUUUAAAUUUAUGUAUAAUAUAUAGUUAUGUUAUAUAUAAUACAAAGUCCAAUCCAAAUAUUACUAAAUGAAAGCUCUUUAUAUCGUGUACAAAAAAUUUACUUCAAUAACUGUCACUAUUGUUAAUUUAUAAUAGCAUAAACCAUUUUAUGUGUGUGCAUCAGAUGCAAAACUGAGAAAUAAAAUCUGAAGUCAGUAUGUAGAAAUUAUUCGUAUAAUGGCAUUUAUAACUAUUCUAUUGCUAUGUUUUACUUUCUUACAAAAGAUACAGUUAGAUAUUGUUUGACAACGUGGUUUAACCAUUUAAUCGCCGGUGAUUAAUAUUAUCGAUGUUUUUUGUUGUUUUUCUUUUAGUCAAGAUCACAUUUCGGAAAUCCACAUACAAUCAUAUGAUUUCUUGUAAUAUCUGAUACCAGCGUUCGAUAAAAGGGUUGAUAUAUGUUUAAGUUAAAAUGUAAUUGAAACAUUGUCUGAGUUUUUUAUAGUUAGGAUCAUAAUAUUUAAUUAAAUUGUAUCUAUGCAUACUACAAACAUAUACAUAUACGUGUAAUUUAGCUUCCUAGACUAAACUAGAUUAUCGAACAUCUUAACUUUUUGGCAUAAAUAACAAUUUAAUAAAAAAAUCCUAGCAAAAUAAGUAACAAUCAUCAUCAUUAUCAGCUCACUAUACGUC